CAAACGGGACACAAAUAAAAAAGUUGUAGACUGCCUUAAGUUUAUCAAGCUAGCUAUGUAGCUAACGAUGUUUGUACAAACUGCUAACUGCCAGGAUUUUUUUUGUAUUAGUUAGCAAACAUUGAAUUCAAAAGGCGUCAUUGGCUACAUAGAGAUAGUUGCAUCAUGUCUCACAGUACAUACAACAAACUGUGGGCUGAUGCCCAGGUCGAGUUGAACUCCCUUCUGACUCAGGAGUUCCCUGCUCAGCCUCCUCGCCCAGAGAAGGACCGAGUGGUGUUCUUCCAACGCCUGGCCACCCUCUACGUGCGCUACGUGCAGAUCUUCAGGCAGCUGGAGGAGGCCUAUGACCAGGUGGUUCAUCCCCAGAAGAGGAAAGUGAUCCGGGAGGUCCUGGAUGGCGUGAUGGGGCGGGUGCUGGAACUCAAGAAUGAGAUGGUGGAGAAAGAGUUUUCUGAGUACCAUUACAUGGACGAUGUCAUCCAGGACUUGAAGCUCACGCCUGAGGACAUUGAGAUCCCCAUCCCUCGAUAUUUCCUCAGUGAACGCAGCAAGGUGUUGCAGGAGAGACGGAAUAUGCUCUCCAACAUCCUCAACCUCAUCGAGGUAGUAGAGCGACCCAAACCUGUAGGAGUGCGUGCACUGAACCUGGAGGAAGCCAUAAAGAUCAUCCAGGUGUCAGAGAGGGCCCGUCAGGGUCGCCUGAGGGCCAAGUUCAUGAGGGAGAUCCAGCGCGAUGAGGAAAGGCAGAGGAGGGCCAAGGACAGGGACCUGGGGGCCGCGGCCAUCGACACGGCUGUGGUCCGCAUCCAGAAGGUGUGGAAGGGUUAUGUGCAGAGGAAAAGAACAAAGAGGGAGCGAGAGGAGGAGAUGAUAUUUUUGGGCAUGGCCAUGGAGCCCAGACACACCCAGCCCUGUCCUGCCAUAACAGCUGCCCUGGCCAACGAGGCCCGUCGGAGAGGCAAGCAGGAGGAGCAUGAGGAGGACUACCAGAAGUCCAUUGUGGCCAUCACAGACAAACUCAGAGAGGUGGAGGGGCCCGACAUGAGGGAGACCAUGAAGGACCAGAUCAGACAGUGGUUCAUUGAAUGCCAUGAUGCAACAGGAACUUUCCCCGACUACCCAGAGGAGGAGGAUGGAGGCUCGACUCUCAUCUUUGCGGAGAAAACACCUCAACAGUUAAUGGAGGAACUAGCAGCGAAAGAUGAGGAGGACGCCAACAAAAGCACGAAAGGGAAGGAGGAGAAGAAGGACAAAGGGAAGAAAGACAAGGGAAAGGGAGGAGAUGAGGAGGAGGAAUCUGGGCUAAAGAUGCUGCCGUCUGCUUUCCUAGGAGAUCUGGAAGUAGGACACAAGACCUUUGGUGAGGUGUGGCAGAAUCGUACCGAGUCCAAGAACUUCAGCCAGAGGCACGAGGCUGAGCUGAUCAAGGAGGAGAAGAGGAAGGAGAUUGAGGUGGAGAUCAGGUUGCAGGUGGAUGAGCUGAUGAGGCAGGAGCUGGCCAACUGGAAACUGGCCGUGGAUAAAGAUAAGGGUGGCAAGGCCAAGGGAGGCGCAAAGAAAAAGAAAGGGUCAAAAAGUGGAAAGAAGAAAAAGAAAGACAAAGAUCUGACAGCUGAUAGGAAUAUUGAGUCUCUGUAUCAGGAACUGGUGGAACAGGGCUUGUUGAAACAAUCAGAUAACGUUAAACUGCAGGAUUAUUUAGGCGACUAUAGCUAUCUGGGGACGACGUUAAGGCAAACUGACAUUGAGCCCAUGCCUUCGCUAUCUGACGUGAGACAAGUUAUAGCUCUGUACGCCGUCUUACCUUUAGGUUCACAGGUGGUCCAUGAGAAGGCUCCUCUGGUGAAGGCCAUCCUGCUGGCAGGGCCCGCGGGCGUAGGCAAGAAGAUGCUGGUCCAUGCCAUCUGCCAGGAGACGGGUGCCAACCUAUUUGAUCUGUCACCUCUGAACCUGGCAGGGAAAUACCCCGGCAAGAGUGGCCUGGCCAUGAUGCUCCACAUGGUGUUCAAGGUUGCCAGACUGUUGCAGCCAUCAGUGGUGUGGAUUGGAGAUACAGAGAAAAUGUUUUACAAGAAAGUACCGAAGGAGGAAAAAGAGUUAGAUCCAAAACGCUUGAAGAAAGACUUGCCCAAGAUCCUCAAAUCGAUCAAAGGGGAAGAUCGUGUUCUAGUCGUGGGAACGACUCAUGAUCCGUUCAAUGCCGACCUCAAAUCACUAUGCAAAGUGUACAGCAAAAUUAUCCUCAUUCCACGUCCUGACUACGCCUCACGAUAUGUAAUGUGGAGGCAGUUGAUCAAGAAGAACGGAGGACAGGUGACGGCUGCCCUGGACCUGAGCUCCUUGGCCAAGAUCUCUGAUGGCUACACGCAGGGUCAUAUGGUGCAGGUGGUGCGCAGCAUACUGACAGAGCGCCGCGUCCAGCAGCUGACCAAGAGACCCCUGGGCGCCGCAGAGUUUGUGGCCCCGCUGGCCAAGAUCGACCCUGUGUUUCAGGACGAGGAGGAGGCCCUGAAGAAUUGGUAUGCUAAAACUCCUCUGGGUAAGAAGCGAGCCAAGGCUGCCUCAGGAAAGGAGGGAGAGGAGGAGGCACCGACAAAGGGAGGCAAAGAUGCUAAGAAGAAAGGGAAGAAGUAAAUCAAACAACGUCUUACCUUAACUGAACGCAACACUGAAAGAAAAACUGAGGUGGACACCAAUAACAUUUGCGCACCAGUUUCCUUGAAGUUAUUGUAUUUGAAAUGAAUCUGUAUAAUUUAUUUCAUUUUCUCUUCAUGCACUGUCAUUUUCUGUUCAUGAAUAUGUCACAUGGGCCAAACUGCUAUUGGAGGGUUGCUUAAAGCAGAAAGUCAGGGGCAUCCUGUAGUGGGUAGUGAUAUUUGUCAUGUGUAUAUAGUAUAUACAGUAUGAUAUUAUAAAUACCUCACAUGCGACUCAUAGUAACACUAAGUAAUAAGCCUAUUCAAAUGUUUAUCUGACUCCAUAAAGAGGAUUUAACAGUAUGCAAGAACACUAUUGUUGAGUUACGAAUAGGCAAUCAAGAAAUGUCUGAGAAUGGAAUUCUAAAUACUAUCAGGUUACAGGAAAGACCCAAAUGCAGACUGUGUUGAAGUAACAAUGUUUAUUACAGCAACAGGGGCAGACAAACAACAGGUCAAGGCAGGCAGGGGUCGAUAAUCCAGAGUAGUGGGCAACAGUACAGGACAGAAGGCAGAGUCAGGGGCAGGCAGGCGGGCUCAGAGUCAGGACAGGCAAGGGUCAAAACCAGAAGGGCAAGAAAAAGAGAGACGGGAAAAGCAGGAGCUGAGACAAAACGCUGGUUGACUAGACAAACAAGACGAAUUGGCAACAGACAAACAGAGAACACAGGUAUAAGUACCCAGGGGAUAACGGGGAAGAUGGGCGACACCUGGAAGGGGGUGGAGACGAGCACAAGGACAGGUGAAACAGGUCAGGGUGUGACAGUACCCCCCCUCUAGGAGACCUAGCACCUCUCCUCCGGGCCAUAACCCUCCCAGUCAACCAGGUACUGGAAUCCCCUGGACUAUUUACAUUGUUCCCCCCCCACCCCCAUUUUUAUACUGCUGCUACUCUGUUUAUUAUCUAUGCAUAGUCACUUUGCCUUUGCCUACAUAUUACCUCAAUUACCUCGACUAACAUGUGCCCCUGCACAUUGACUCUGUAUCGGUACCUCCUGUAUAUAGCCUCGAGACUGUUGUUUUAUUGUUGCUCUUUUAUUUGUAAAAAAAAAUAAUAAUAAUACUUUAUUAACACGUACCUUUCUUAAAACUGUUGGUUAAGGUAUUUGGCGCAUGUGACAAAAUUAUAGCUUGAAAGGCCAUGCCACAAAAGUCCAGAGAAAGAAAGAAAGAAAGAGAGAGAGAGAGUAUCUCACCACUGCAGUUCAGGAACAAAAAAGAUAAAGAACAAUGAAUCUAAGACCCUUUUAUAAGCAUCGGAGUUGUUUGGUUUCAAAAUAUAAGUUGUUGAUCAAUAGUAUUACUGUAAAGUUAACCUUCAAUCAAGUAUCAGACCUAAUAUGCAUUUGGAAAGUAGUCAGACUCUCUUUAUCCACAUUUUGUUACGCUACAGCCUUGUUCUAAAAUGGAUUAAAUUAAUAAUUUUGCUCAUCAAUCUACACACAACACCCCAAAAAUUCGUAUUUCCAUUGAUCAUCCUUGAGAUGUUUCUACAACUUGAUUGGAGUCCACCUGUGGUAAAUUCAAUUGAUUGGACAUGAUUUGGAAAGGCACACACCUGUCUAUAUAAGGUCCCACAGUAGACAGUGCAUGGCAGAGCAAAAAAAACAAGCAAUGAGGUGGAAGGCAUUGUCUGUAGAGCUCCGAGACAGGAUUGUGUCGAGGCACAGAUCUGGGGAAGGGUACCAAAACAUUUCUGCAGCAUUGAAUGUCCCCAAGAACACCGUGGCCUUCAUCAUUCUUAAAUGGAAGAAGUUCAGAACUACCAAGACUCUCCCUAGAGGUGGCCGCCUGGCCAAACUGAGCAAUCAGGGGAUAGGGCCUUGGUCAGGGAGGUGAGGGUCACUGACAUAACUCCAGUGUUCCUUUGUGGAGAUGGGAGACCCUUCCAGAAGGACAACAAUCUCUGCAGCAAUCCACCAAUCAGGCCUUUAUGGUAGAGUGACCAGAUGGAAGCCACUCCUCAGUAAAAGUACAUGACAGCCUGCUUGGAGUUUACCAAAAGGCACCUAAAGGACUCAGACCAUGAGAAACAAGAUUUUCUGGAUUGAACUCUUUGGCCUGAAUGCCAAGCGUCACGUCUGGAGGAAACCUGGCACCAUCCCUACGGUGAAGCAUGGUGGUGGCAGCAUCAUGCUGUGGGGGUGCUUUUUAGCGACAGGAUCUGGGAGACUAUUCAGGAUCGAAUGAAAGAUGAACAGAGCAAAGUACAGAGAGUUCCUUGAUGAAACUUGCUCCAGAGUGCUUAGGACCUCAGACUGGUGCGAACGUUCACCUUCCAAUAGGUCAACAACCCUAAGCACACAGCCAAAACAGCGCAGGAGUGGCUUUUGGACAAGUCUCUCAAUGUCUUUGAGUCUCCCAGCCAGAGCCCUGACUUGAACCCGAUUGAACAUCUCUGGAGAGACCUGACAAUUGCUGUGCAACAAUGCUCCCCAUCCAACCUGACAGAUGUUGAGAGGGUCUGCAGAGAAGAAUGGGAGAAACUCCCCAAAUACAGGUGUGCUAAGCUUGUAGUGUCAUACCCAAGAAGACUCGAGACUGUAAUUGCUGCCAAAAGUUCUUCAACAAAGUACUGAGUGAAGGGUAUGAAUACUUAAGUAAAUGUGAUAUUUCCUUUUUUUUUUGUUUAUAUACAUUUGCAAACAUUUCUAAAAGCCUGCUUUUGCUUUGUCAUUGUGGGGUAUGGUGUGUGGAUUGAUUUUAGAAUGAGGCUGUAACGUAACAAAAUGUGGAAAAAGUCAACGGGCCUGAAUACUUUGCGAAUGCACUGUACGUGAGGUAACCUCGGCUUCUCAGAGGUGAGACAAUCAGGGUUAGAGAGAUAACACAGAGAAUCUGAAUUCCUAAGACAACACAGGAAAUUCUUACAUACAGUUGAUAAGAAGAGUCACUUCGGGGGCUGCCCUCCGUAAUAUUUUGUGGAGAUGGGUGAGAUGAAUCAUCUAUUUAAUCCAUUUUGAAUUCAGGCGGUAACACAAGAAAAUGUGGAAUAAGUCAAGGGGUAGGAAUACUUUUUGAUGGGUCUGUAUACACCUAUUUAUAUUUCUUCUUACAUUUUCCUAUAAUAACAACAUUAAUGUCACAUUCAGGCGCAGAAGUUUUUUUUAUUUACAGAUGAUGUUGAGGUCCACGAAUGCUAUUGAUAAUAUUUAGAUAUACAAAAAUAGAUGCACAAAGUUGUCAAUAAACUUAAAUGAAAAAGAAA